UGCACCUUGAAUCGGUUCAACAUGAUUUACGUGAAAUAUGGCAACUUGCAAUAAGGCUUCCAGGCUCCAAGAGCUGUACGCAAUGUCAGACACUCUACAGAGACACGCUCUCGUCGUGCUUCAUGUUCCAUGUGCUUCAUAUUUCUUGAUUUUGUUUCUCGCCGUUUCAAUGAUCCGAUGUCACCUGGCUACCAUUCACCGUCCACACUUCGUUGAAGAUUUGUUGCCUUUUGGAAGCUCGAGGAUUUUGACACUUCACAGCUCCUCCGUGCUUGUCGGUCAUCAGGUCAUCGGCAUUUGCACAUCAGCGAUCAGCGGACCAGAGUCCGCACCUGUUUGCGCUGAUGGCGGUUGGCGGACAUACAUAUGUAGCUGCUGGAGCCAGAUGAACUGUUCCGUUGGAUUGGGUUUUCUGCACUGCGCAAGCAAGUCCAGGAUUCAGGAAGGCCCUGGACAACCUACUGCAGAAUUGCUAAUGUGCCUUGGAUUCAUCAAUUGACUAUUCAAGCUUCGCGCGUCACGGGCCAGGGCGUGUCAGAAUCAGAAUCCAUAUAUAAGUA